AUGGAUGAGGAACAUCUCCAUGAUGACCUCCACGUUUUCAAAGACAGAAACUUCUUCCGGCAGAAGCUGAGGUCCUUCUUCGCGGUGUACUUGCUGCUGGCCCUCUCCUUCUUGCUGACCUUCACCCUGUUCGCCGUCUCGCUCUCCCGAGUUUCAGCUCUUUCUUCUAAACUCAACGAGGUGCAGCCGGAACGGAAACAGAACUUUUCUGGCAGGGAUUUUCUCCUGUUCCCCUGCGGACCCGGAUCCAGGGAAUGGGAAUACUUUGAUGGGAAAUGUUACUACUUCUCCCUAACCAGAACGAGCUGGUACAAGGCGAGGGCUGAUUGCGAAGAGAUGCACUCGCAGUUGGUCAUCAUUAACAGCUACGCCGAGCAGAGUUUUGUCAUGUUCAGGACAAGGAAUGAGCGUUUCUGGAUCGGGCUGACGGACGGGAAUUCGGAAGGGGAAUGGGAAUGGGUUGAUGGGACCGACUACAAAAGCACGUUCACGCAGCUCCCCUGCCUGCGCACCCCGGUUUCGGGCAGCGGACCGGGUUUCUUCACCCUGCCCUGGGACGGGCGCUCCCACGAGGUCUAA